UCCUGUCUCCCCACCCCCAGCCCGUAUGAGGUGAGGAUUUAGGAAGAAAGGGAUCCAAACCUGGGACGCGGCGAUAACGAGAGACACCAGCAACACAGAUACACAUUUUGGAGAUCCGUGCGCGGCGGUGUCGUGCACGGAUUAUUAUAAGUUUUUAUUUUUUUAUUUUUCUUUCUCUGAGGAGAUUCUGGCUCGGAGCUUCUGAUCUUUAAGGGGGGAGAGAAACGGAAUACACGGAGAAUAAUAGGAGUAUUUUAUACCCGCUCCCUCCGUUAACAAGUGACUCUGGGCUACUCGGGGAGAAAAGGUGGAAUAUAACGUUUUUUCUUAUCGGAGAUGCGCCGUUUUUCUUGUGGAGAAAGUGACCGCUCAGGAACGGAGAAUACGGAUUUAAAAAGUGACCCCAACUAGGGGGGUAGAGAGUUUUUCUCACGCCGCCGAAAGUGCCAAGCCGUCCUGCGUGAAGACCCCAGACUUCCCAGCGCAGCCGGGGCCUCGGCUCUCCAGCCAGGUCAAAGAUUCAUCCCACCCUGCCCUCCCCUGUCCCCCCUUCCCUACCGGAGCCAAAAUGGCCACCAGUGGUGCCCUGCGCCUCUCCUUGCCACUCCUGCUGCCUGUGACCACCCUGCUGCUAUCACUGCUGCUCACCGGCUCCCACGCCUUAUCACCACCACGGUUCACAAAAGUUCCCGUCGACCAGAUUGGCGUCUCAGGGGGAGUGGUUUCCUUUGUCUGCCAGGCAACGGGUGACCCCAAGCCGAGGGUUAGUUGGAACAAGAAAGGGAAGAAGGUCAACUCCCAGCGUAUAGAGACCAUUGAGUUUGACGAGGGCGCCGGUGCCGUACUCAGAAUUCAGCCUCUCCGAGCACCACGUGACGAGAACAUCUACGAAUGCGUGGCUGAGAACACCGAGGGCGAGAUUACCGUCAAUGCCAAGCUGUCCAUCAUCCGAGAGGACCUUCUCCCGCUGGGCUUCCCUAACAUUGACAUGGGCCCUCAACUCAAAGUGGUGGAGCGCACUCGAACAGCGACCAUGCUCUGUGCCGCCAGCGGCAACCCUGACCCAGAAAUCACCUGGUACAAAGACUUCCUGCCCAUUGAUCCCAGUGCAAGUAAUGGGCGAAUCAAACAGCUACGCUCAGGUGCCUUGCAGAUCGAGAACAGUGAGGAGACAGACCAGGGGAAGUACGAGUGCGUCGCGUCUAAUGUGGAAGGCGUGCGCUACUCGUCCCCUGCUAACCUUUAUGUGCGAGAGCUUCGAGAAGUCCGGCGGGUCCCUCCUCGCUUCUCCAUUCCACCAACAAGUCAGGAAAUUAUGCCCGGUGGCAGUGUGAACAUUACGUGUGUGGCAGUGGGGUCGCCUAUGCCUUAUGUCAAGUGGAUGCUCAACUCAGAGGACUUAACACCCGAGGAUGAGAUGCCAGUGGGCAGGAACGUUCUCGAACUGAGCAGCGUCCGUGAGUCAGCCAACUACACCUGCGUGGCCAUGAGCAGCCUUGGCAUCAUUGAAGCUGUGGCACAGAUCACUGUCAAAUCUCUCCCCAAGCCUCCAGGUACCCCUGUGGUCACUGAAACCACUGCCACCAGUGUGACCAUCACCUGGGACUCAGGAAACCCAGAUCCGGUGACAUACUACAUCAUUCAGUAUAGGGCCAAGUCCCCAGACAGCAAGUAUGAGACGGUAGAUGAUAUCACCACUACACGUUACAGCAUUGGUGGCCUCUACCCCAACACAGAGUACGAAAUCCGUGUCUCAGCCGUCAACACAAUUGGCCAGGGUCCUCCCAGUGAGCCGGUAGAAACUCGAACUGGUGAACAAGCUCCCGCCAGUCCACCAAGAAACAUUAAGGCCCAGAUUCUUCCCCAGAACACCAUGAUGGUGCAGUGGGAAGAGCCAGAGGAGCCCAAUGGGCAGAUCAAGGGCUACCGUGUUUAUUAUACCAUGGAUGACUCCCAGCCCAUGAGCCUCUGGCAGAUCCAUAAUGUCCAGGACAGCAUCAUCACCACCAUCCAGAGCCUAGUUCCUCAAGAGACUUACACAAUCAAAGUGUUAGCAUUCACCUCUGUAGGUGAUGGACCUUUUUCAGAGCCCAUCCAUGUCAAAGUACUCCAAGGAGUUCCAGGUCAGCCAUCCAAAUUCCAGGUUGGUACUGUGUCUGAUACCAGCAUUGAACUGACCUGGGAACCUGCCUACGAUAAGGAAGGAAUUAUAAACUACGAACUUCGCUACAAGGAAGGCAAUUUUGGCACACAGAUGAAGAAAAUGUUUGGACCUACAACUUCCUAUGUUUUGGAAGGUCUUCGCCCCAACACAGACUACCGAUUCUCCCUGGCAGCCAUCUCUAACAAAGGCAUUGGAGCCUUCACAAAUGACAUUUCGCACAAGACCUUGCAAGCCAAGCCCUCAGCUCCCCCUCAAGACAUUAAGUGCAGCAGCACCAGCUCCACCACCCUGUUGGUAAGUUGGCGCCCCCCGCCUUUGAAGAGUCAGAAUGGUGCCCUGGCGGGGUAUAGGGUGCGCUACCAGGUGGUGGGCCCGUCAGACGGGGCCGGUGACGAUGAGGAGGCCAUGGAGGAGCCUGCAACUGAAGAGCAGGUGCUGCUGCAGCGACUGGAGAAGUGGACCCAGUACCGCGUCACUGUGUCCGCCUCCACUGUGAACGGUUCAGGCCCUGAGAGCGAGCCCCUGACCUGUCGGACAGAUGAAGACGUGCCUGGGGCUCCUCCAAGGCGUGUGGAGGUGGAGGUCCUCAACUCCACAGCUCUUAAGGUGAUGUGGCGUUCCCUGACGCCAGGCAAGCAGCACGGUCAGAUCCGUGGCUACCAGGUCCACUAUGUACGUGUGGAAAACGGCGAGUCACGGGGCCUGCCCCUCAUCAAGGACGUGAUGCUGGCUGAUGCCCAGUGGGAAACGGACGAUACAGCUGAAUAUGAAAUGGUCAUUGGAGGACUCAAACCAGACACCACUUACUCCAUCACGGUGGCAGCAUACACCACCAAGGGGGAUGGAGCUCGGAGCAAACCCAAGCUGGUGGUGACCAAAGGGGCAGUGCCUGGUCCGCCCUAUCUGUCUGUGGCGCAGGACUCUGAGACAUCUGCUAUGGUUCACUGGGAUCCUCCAGACCUGACUAAUGGCAUGGACUUGCAGGGUUACCGACUCCAGUUUGGCCGAAAAGACGUCUCUCCUUUGGCCACACUGGAGUUUGCUCCCCAAGAACGGGAGCACUCUGUGGACAACAUUCAUCAAGGCGCCACUUAUCUCUUUAAGAUCUCAGCAAAGAGCAGAGGGGGCUUUGGGGAAGAAGCUGUGGUGGACCUCACUGUGCCUGAGAAUUCGCCAGGGGGAUACCCUCAAAUUAACGAGGGCUCCAAUGUGACAUGCUGCUCGGUCCAGCUGUCCUGGAAGCCACCAGUGCUGGCAGAGAGGAACGGAGUGAUUACAGAGUAUACUUUGGCCUAUAAAGAAGCCGGCACUGGAGAUGUACCACGUGAACUUCGCUUGCCCCCCAGCCAGUCCAGCUAUGUUCUCAACAGCCUCAAACCGAACUCAGCAUAUGACGUGAAAAUACGUGCACACACCAGUAUAGGUCCAGGGCCCUACAGCCCGCCUUUCCAGUAUCGGACGGUGGCCUUUGAUCCAGCAGAUGUUCCAAAGAAUUUCACUGUCAAGUGGGCCACCAAGACUACAGUGGUUCUUGCAUGGAAGUUUUCUGAAAGCAGGUCUCCAUACAAGUGCACGGUUGAGUACAACCGCCAGAAGAUGGAUGUGGACGCCAGGCAGAUGAGGGUGCUCGUCACUGGGCUCAGGCACAACACCACCUAUGAGUUCAGAGUGACCUGCCAAGAGAGCAUGGAUGGUGGGCCAAGACAUCGUGUGGUGGCCAGAACUGCACCACUCAUACUGGUCAAGAAACCCAAGCUGGACAUCUAUGCUGAGCCAGACAACAUUUUCACCAUGUCUUUCCCACAAGUCGAUAGCAAAGAUGUCAAGAACUUCUAUGUGGUAGUGGUGCCACUUAAGAAGACGUCAGGAACAGUUAAAAACCUGAAGAACCCUGAUGAAAUGGACAUGGAAGAGUUGUUGCGGGAGGUGACCCCAAAGCGCCGUUCGCGGCGUCAGCUGGCUCAGCUGGACCAGAGCAAGCCCUACAUCAUAGCCUGCUUCAAGCGUCUGCCCUCCAGCUUCACGGUGGGGUCAGACCACAGCCACAGCAUCUGCGAGAACAAGCCUCUCGAACCUGACCAGGAGUACGUCUUCUUCCUGCUGGCGGAGCUCAAUGCCACCGCUGGGAAAAUGUUUGCAACCAGCCCCUAUACCGACACAGUGGUGACCAAAGAGCAAAAGGUGGACCCUCUGCCAGUGGAGCCCGGGGAUGGACUCAUAUGGGUGGUGGGCCCUGUCCUGGCUGUGGUCUUCAUCAUCUGCAUCGUGAUUGCCAUUCUCCUGUAUAAAAACAAACCUGACAGUCGCAAGAGAAAAGAGUCUGAGCCACGCACCAAAUGUCUCCUGAACAAUGCAGACAUCGCACCCCAUCACCCUACAGACCCUGUGGAGAUGAGACGCAUCAACUUCCAAACUCCAGAUUCUGGUCUAAGCAGUCCUCAGAGCGAAGCUGAUUUUGACUAUGAAAGUAUGAUGAAUCAUCCUCCCAUUCCGAUCUCAGAGCUGGCUGAACACACAGAACUUCUCAAGGCCAAUGACAACCUCAAACUCUCCCAGGAAUACGAGUCUAUUGAUCCAGGUCAGCAGUUCACUUGGGAACACUCCAACUUGGAGGUGAACAAGCCCAAAAAUCGUUACGCCAACGUCAUUGCCUAUGACCACUCCCGUGUCAUCCUGGCUCCCAUCGAGGGUAUAACAGGUAGCGACUACAUCAAUGCUAACUACAUUGACGGCUACAGGAAGCAGAAUGCCUACAUCGCCACCCAGGGUCCCUUACCAGAGACAUUUGGGGACUUCUGGAGGAUGGUGUGGGAGCAAAGAGCAGCCACUGUUGUCAUGAUGACCAGGCUGGAAGAAAAGUCACGGAUUAAGUGUGACCAGUACUGGCCCAGUCGUGGCACAGAAACCUACGGAAUGACCCAAGUGACCCUGUUGGACACCAUUGAAUUGGCCACUUUCUGUGUUCGCACUUUUUCCUUGCACAAGAAUGGUUCGAGUGAGAAGCGGGAGGUUCGUCAGUUCCAGUUCACGGCGUGGCCUGACCACGGUGUACCAGAGUACCCCACCCCUUUCCUGGCCUUCCUCCGCAGGGUGAAGACGUGUAACCCGCCUGAUGCUGGACCCAUCAUUGCUCACUGCAGCGCGGGUGUGGGCAGGACAGGCUGCUUUAUUGUCAUCGACGCCAUGCUUGAGCGUAUCAAGCACGAGAAGACGGUCGAUAUUUACGGCCACGUGACACUGAUGCGCUCCCAGCGGAACUACAUGGUGCAGACGGAGGACCAGUACAGCUUCAUUCACGAUGCACUCCUCGAGGCGGUGGCCUGUGGAAACACUGAGGUGGCUGCGAGGAGCCUGUAUUCCUACAUCCAGAAGCUGGCGCAGGUGGAGAGCGGCGAGCAUGUCACCGGCAUGGAGCUAGAGUUUAAGCGUUUGGCCAAUUCCAAAGCCCACACGUCGCGCUUCAUCAGUGCCAACCUUCCCUGCAACAAGUUCAAAAAUCGGCUGGUCAAUAUCAUGCCCUACGAGACCACGCGCGUCUGCCUGCAGCCAAUCAGAGGCCUGGAAGGAUCUGACUACAUCAAUGCCAGCUUCAUUGAUGGAUACAGGCAACAGAAGGCCUACAUCGCCACACAGGGCCCUCUGGCAGAGACUACAGAAGACUUCUGGAGAAUGCUCUGGGAGAACAACUCAACUAUUGUAGUCAUGUUGACCAAACUUAGAGAAAUGGGACGGGAAAAGUGCCACCAAUAUUGGCCAGCAGAGCGCUCCGCCAGGUAUCAGUACUUUGUGGUGGAUCCCAUGGCAGAGUAUAACAUGCCUCAGUACAUCCUCCGAGAGUUCAAGGUCACGGAUGCCAGGGACGGUCAGUCUAGGACAGUAAGGCAGUUCCAGUUUACUGAUUGGCCGGAGCAAGGCGUGCCCAAAUCUGGGGAGGGGUUCAUUGAUUUCAUUGGCCAGGUCCAUAAAACCAAGGAGCAGUUUGGACAGGAUGGACCAAUCUCUGUCCACUGCAGUGCUGGUGUGGGCAGGACCGGAGUCUUCAUCACCCUCAGCAUCGUUCUGGAAAGAAUGCGUUACGAAGGUGUGGUUGAUAUCUUCCAGACAGUGAAGAUGUUGCGGACGCAGAGGCCAGCAAUGGUCCAGACUGAGGAUGAGUACCAAUUCUGCUACCACGCAGCUCUGGAGUACUUAGGAAGCUUUGAUCACUAUGCAACGUAAAAAGCCAUCUCUUCCCCCCAGAAUCCUGUUGCCCCCCCCUCCACCUCAACAGUCUCCUGAGCCAUAGAAACUUUGAAAUUUGAAACGACGACAGCAGACGACCAUAUCACCACUGCUAAUUCAGACACACCGAACAGGAUCUUGUAGAUUUUUUUCAAAGACAGCGCCCAAACCAACCAGUUUAGAGAAGAAAAAAAAAUCCAAUUGGUCACGAGGAAUAGAAGAAAAUUGCCCAUCAUUUCCAGAAGAAGAAAAUCCUCAGCAGGGGAGGAACCAGAAGCUGUGGCUCAAGCUGUGGGGCGGGUAUCGAUCAAAGUGUCAGACUGCUUACCUUACCUCAAGUGUUUCAAUGUGUGGAGGACAUUGUAAACAUUCGUGGACAUUUCUCAAAAACAUCUUCGUGAUACAACAGUGACAAGCAACAGAUAAUGAAGGAAAAAGGAAAUCAAAAAUCAACGAGAAGCAGAUGGAUGUAGCCAAGAUUGGGUGAUAUUCUUGUUUUUUGGUAUGCCUGGGUGUAAAAAGGGUUCAAAUUAUUUCUAUCGACACCUUUUGUGAGUGAUAUCCAGAGAAAUGUCCAAAUUGUGGUUGCCUGUGUACACACAAAUGUCUUUUUUCCCCCCAAAGUCUGGUCAUUCAAACAAGACAAGACAAAAAGAAAAAAAAAAAGAGACAAAAUGGCACGAAAAUAUUCACAUUUGGCAUCAAGUGAAUCUUUUUACACUGUUCCACUAGUAAUAUGCAUAAUUUGUGUGGAAAAAACGCUCAAUUACGAAAGUGUGCAUCACAUAGCUGCCUGUUCUCGAGCGCUAAGAGCUUAGAGAAGGCAUUUCCAGUGGUCGUCCGGAAGAAAGCAGCAACGCAUAUCUUAGAAUUGGUUGAUUUUAUGAAUUGUGAACUUUAUGUAAAAUCCUAAGCCAGGUAACCACAGUGAAGAACCACAGUGUAUUUACAGCGAAAAGUGCCCCAGGACACUCGACGUCGCAGUCACCAGAUAAAUCAAAGGGGGGAAGGAACGUCGCCUGUUGCAAGAAGCUUCAGCUGGGACGUCUUGCGGAUGGCGAAAUUGCGAGAAAUGGCAGCCGCGUCCCGUGAUAUUUUACAAUCACUCCUCUCUUUGGAACCAUUGCACCAUGGGGCUGCGGUAUUAACAUCCACCGUUCUGAACAAGAGAUGAAUCUGGUGGGCGAGAAGCUUUGGAACAAGUGAAACAACCAAACAAGGAGGGCCUCAGUGGUGGGGCUUUCUUUGUGUACAGUGACCAACGCUCAUCAUCAUCGUUUGGAACUUUUUUGUCUUAUAAGGAAUUAUCUUUUUUUUUUCUGUCAAAAAAACCAAACAUGCUGCUUAUCUCAUGUAUGCUGUACGUGUGACUCUUGAGGGAGAGGAAACUGAUGAAUUAAAGACGCCAGCUCUGCUCACUCUUCGCGCCCCGGCUGGGCAUGACUGAAAGCGCAUCCACAUGACGACAUCGUCCACCGCUCCUGUUUCUUUUCUGUUUUUCUUUCUUUCCAUCCCUCCUCUGUAAUCAUCUAUAUCAUUGUAUAAGACUCAAGAGUGGCAAAGGCCUGUUGCAAUUACGGAUCUGUACAUUAACGUGGUUGAAAAAUUGGCCUUUUAGUUCCACUGUAUGUGUGUUUGGUAACAGGUGGAUAAACCAAGUAGACGCUUUGGUAUUUGCCCUCCGUUUUCUAGAUGAUGUCUCCGUGGGUGAUACAGCCAGACCAAGCAGCCAUGUUGGAUCUCGAUGCCAUGACGUGUUGAAGGAAUCCUUCAGUGCAAGUGAGUUACUUGCACAUCCCCAAGACAAAACAUAAAGAUAAACUUGAAACAGAUACCCCUAAAAGAACUGCAGGUUGACGCACUAAUGUAUUCGUGUCUAAUCAAGAGGAAAAGGAGAAAAAAAUGAAGCUUUUGAAAUCACCCGGUUUUCAUUUGGAGAUCAGCGCUUUGGUACAAGACGAGCGUUUGCGGCUUCUGCGAACGGGUUUCCGGUGGGUGUGCACAAAAACCAGAGCGAUGGACAGAACUGUGUGUAAUCUUUUCUUAUUUCCAAAAAAGCCUUAUUGUUAUUGUAACAUUAUGAAAAACAUUAAUGUUGUAUUAUGACGACUUAUUUUACAUUACAUAGUUGACUUUUUAUUUUGUUUUUGGUUUAGUUUUUUAACAGAGAUGUUGUAUCACAUUUUUUAAAAUUAGCAGGAAAAGAGAAAUGCUUAUCUGUUCAUAUUAUGUUAAAAGACAUUCUAUUUUUUCACUGUAGAAAUGUUAAGUAUAACAUGUCUGUGUGGAUGUGUGCAUAUAUGUGUAUAUAUAUACCUAUAUAUAAAUAUAUACUGCACACUCACACAUGCAUAUAUAUUUAAAUGCAGAAUAUGAAGAUAUAUCCAAACACUUAGUAUGAAUUAAAAUUUUCUCCUCACCAUCAUUUUUUGCUUUUUUUUUUCAUAUUUGAAAACAUGAUGGGUUUUCAUUAUUUUCUUUUUUGUUUGUGUGUUUUUUUUUUAAAUAUAUAUAUAUAAUCUUAGAGACCUUUUGUGUUUCUUAAGGAAAGCUGAGAGGAUGUGAGGUCCUCUGCCUCCACUCACCAAUGUUGAAAUUCUAACCCGGGGUAGAACCUGUACUGACGAGGAGAUACCAUUUUUAAACCUUGUUGAGAUUUACUUUAUUACCAUUAACUUGUAAGCAUUAGUAUUCUUUUUUUUGAACUGUCGAUGAACUGAUCUACAAAAUAUCAAUCAGAAAUGUCAUAAAUUACCCUUUUUGUUAUCUAUAUCAGACCAACUCGAUGUACUGUAUCUUGUAUGAUCAUGUACAGACUAUGACCCUCGCAAUUUUUAAGAAAAUCCUCUAACUUCUUUCUUUUUUUUUUUACUUUUGUUAUUUUCAGACAUAAUGUGGCCAUUCAUUUUCUUAGAUAUUCACUAUGGUCAAGAGUAUACCUGUAAAUAAACAAAUAUAUAGAUUAUAUGUAUUUGUAUCAUUUGACCCUCGAGAUCUCAUACUUCAAAUGGGGACAGAAAUACUCAGAUCAAGGUUCUGCUCAUAUCCAACUUCUUGGUGUUUGUGUAGCCUGUUUUCUGAAACCUUCUUUCUCCAGCCCUGCUCCCUGGUCUUUAAUUACCACUCACUUUUUUCUACCUUUAAUUUCCCCUGCUAGCAGUUAAACUGGGAAACAUGCCAGCCUCUGUUCUCACACCUAUAGCCUCAAUGAGGGCACCAAAUCAGCACCAGUGAUCUGCUGGUAUAAUUUAGCUGUGGCUGGGAGGUUAGUCAUCUCCACCAACUAACUAUUUGAAUUGCUAAUCAAUCAACAGUUCAAGGAUCUGUUACAUUCUCAUUCUAGGUGUGGACAGACACAGGAGGGUUUUAAAAUUGGUUGUGUUAGACCUCCAAAGUCAAAGAAGAAAAAUACAAUUACAAAGGUGUGUAAUCUUAAUGUCUCUGCUACUGAGAGAGUCGGAGGUGUUCUUUAUUCCAUGAUAGCUUCCCACAAAACCCUAGAAGAUCUCCAGCUGUCCAACUACCUAAAAUGCCAAGGUGUUAAUCCAUACAUGCACCAUUAGCUGAUGGAUGAAUCCAGCUAUAUGCUAAAGGCCAUAUAUGGUUCAGUUGCAACAUGACAUGUUGAUUUAUUUUCUCCCUAGUGCAUUCUUAAGCCUUGUAUAGAACCAUACUCUGUGUUUUUGUUCGACCAUGUUUCAUUGUGGGAUGCAGAAAGAAAUUAGGACUCAAUGAAACCUAACAGCGCGAUGCAACCAAGGAAAGACCAAGACAACCAAAAACUUGCUGCAAAUUCACAUUUCCAGCACGUCAUUUCUGACCAGCGGGAACCUUGAGAUGUUUCACAAUGAACUACAAAUCCCGAAGUUACGGACUUUGGAAUUGAAAAAGACUGGGGGGAAAAGGGCCCAUACCAAUACUGAAUCCGUGGAAGUCUUUCGAAGCUUGUGCAAUGUGUUACUCUUUUGACUUCAUGUAAAGAUGCUAGACUUUUGAAAAACAGCCGCCAAAUUUACCUGGAAUAUGUCAUUGAAUAUUUGGGGGAAGGGAGUGGGAGGAGGGUGGACUAACAAAAAGAACAACACUAACAAAAAAUGACAUCAAAAAGAAUAGAACAUAUACAGUACAUACCGACAAAAAUGAAAAAGAACCCUAACUCAGCAAAAUAGUUUUUCCUUUGUAUGACGGCCGAGUGCUAUCACUUUCAAACUGUUACUUCUAACUGAAACAAUAAUUGGUUUAAAGCCACUGUGUAUGUAGAUAUGUUGACUUUGUAUUAAAGAAAUGUUGUCUGAAAACCA